AUAACCUUCACAAGAUGGAGCGGUUUAACAAACAUCGUACACUGCCCCUCAAUAUAAGUCAAUUCACAUUCUCUGUCGUGGGAAACUUUACAAUUGCAAAACCAAAUACAAUAUAAAAUUAACCUUGAAUAGAAAACAGAAACCACACAUAAACUCUCUGAUGGGAAACCAAAUAGCAAGAGAUGCAACUGGGAAAAUCGUUUACUGGAAUGGUUCGGUUCAAGAAUUCGACGAGCCACUAACGGUGGCAGAGCUCAUGCUGGAGCACCCGCAGCAAGUAGUGCUUGAUUUCCAUUCCGCUGUGAAGGAGAAAAGGCCAACGCCACUGCCAGCAGACGAAAAGCUAGAGAUGAAGAAAACCUAUGUGAUGGUUCCGGUGAAGAGAGGGAAGCCUGUGUUGUUGAGCAGCGAAGAUAGUCGCCGCAUUCUCUUCACCGUUAACUCCUCUCUGCAUUCCAAUCAUUUCGUUUCUUCUUCGGGGUUUCUUCCUUGGCUUGCACGGUUGUUCCACGCUAAGGGAGAGGUUGUUGCAGUGUUGCAGAGGAAGGAAGAGGUGGAGAAGGAGAACACGGAAGAGAGGUAUGGUUUUUCUGAGUUUUUGCCAGAAAUGUUAGAAGGGUCGAUGCCAGAGUAUAUGAGUAGACAGUUAUCGGGGAAAGGGUGGAAGCCUAGCUUGGACACUAUUAAGGAGAAGAAAGUUAAGACAAAACUGUCUCCCUGGUUAUUGUUCCUCAGAGGUUUUUCUGCUGCAAAGAUUUAAAUAUAGAACAAAAUUUAUAUGCACGUUGUUUAAGUGUUUUUGUGCUAUUGUCUGAUUAGAAUUGGAAUUUAAUCUCGAUAAUCUGGGUAGAUAUUUAGUGCAAAUUGUUAUCAUACUGAUUAUUCCAGAUUAAAUUCUGUUUCUGAUUAGAAAAUAAUAUUAAAAAUAUUUAAGAAACUGCAUCUAAAUUUUGUGACAGUGAUAUGAUGCUUUAUGUGGGAGAUUAGAACGUAGUUCUAUGCUAUUAUAUUUGAAAAAUGUGAGCUCCUGUACCUUUUUUAUGCACACAAUAUGUGUUCAUUGUUCAUAUAAAUUAUGAGACUUCAUAUAUAAUUUA